AUGCAAUAUGAUGGUAAGAUUUCUGACAUGGCGCAAAAGAUGGGAGCAAUGGAGGCACUUUUGAAAAGCAUGUAUAUGCAACAAAAUCCACAUUUAAGUGAAGAGGAAGUAGAUGAUAAGAUGAGAGAAGCUUUGCACAAUGAUAAUAUUCCAACACCACGCUCAUCGACAUCAACAUAUGCUCCUACUCAUCAAAAGAUGGUUAGAAACAAAGAUGAUCCUCAAGAUGAACAAAAUGAUGAUCUUCAAGAUGAUGAUCUUCAAGAUGAUGAUCUUCAAGAUGACGAUAAUCUUCAAUAUAAUCAAGAUGAUGAUGAUCUUCAAUAUGAUCAAGAUGAUGAUGAUCUUCAAUAUGAUCAAGAUGAUAAUGAUCUUCAAUAUGAUAGUUUUCAAGAUGAUGAUUCUCAUGGACCUCAACACAAUGAAUAUGAUAAAGACCGCCAUUGA